AUGGGUUCCCUCCAAUCCCUCCUUUCGCUCAUCCCAUACAACACAGCUGACCUGCGCAUCUCUGACAAUGCGCAGCUCGUCCUCAGUGCCACCGCUUGUGUUGCUGUAGUGGGAGUAAUUGUUAGGGCCUACUAUCCUAAAUUACCGAGCGGCCUUCUCCUCCCACCUUCCCCUCCUGUUUCUUCGAGACUUCAAGGGCACGUCCUGCCGUAUCCAAAACCAUUUCUCACUGUAGAGGGAUGGAUUGAAGAGUACGGUCCUCUGAUCACUAUUCGAUCAAAAUUUGAGAGGAUUGUUAUUAUCGGCCGUUACCAAGCCGCCGUGGACAUUAUGGAGAAUCAAGGCAAAUUGCUAGCUGAUCGUCCUCCCAUGGUUGCUGCUGGUGAAAUUUUUGGCGGGGGAAUGAGCAUUGCCUUUUCACCCUUUGGGGACAGGUUCCGUCGGAUGCGUAGAGCGUUACAUUCGCAUCUCCAGCCCAAAGCAGCUGAGGCCUAUCAGCCACUGCAGAUGUCACACGUGAAGAACAUAGUUCUUGGCGUUCUCGAUGACCCGCAAAGCUUCCAGCACCAUGUGAUAACUUAUGCUGCAACGACAAUUAUGAAAGUUGCAUAUGGGAAGAACACGCCCACGUCUGCGUCUGAUCCUGAAGUCAUUGAGAUGCGUAAAUUGGUUGGGGUGGUCUCUCAAAUCAUGCGCCCUGGUGCUUAUAUGGUGGAGUCGAUCCCAUGGCUUAAAUACCUUCCUUGGUAUGGUCGAGACUUAAAGGCAUGGUUUGAGAGGAGCAAGAAACUCAGCCUUGGUAACCUGAACCGCGUGAAAGCGCAAAUGCAUAGCAAUGAGGACAUCGGCCCUUCGUUCACGAAAUAUAUGCUAGAAAACAGCCAUCUCUAUGGAUUGUCAGAGUUAGAGAUGGCCUUUCUUGGUGGUGCCUUUUUUGGAGCUGGAUCGGAUACGACUUCUAUGUCAAUAUGUACGGUGCUCAUGGCAGCCGCACGUUUUCCCGAAGAGCAAUCUAAAGUUCAGGCCGAGCUUGAUGCGGUCGUCGGAAGGCACCGAGCGCCGACCUUCGCCGAUCAAAAAUCCCUUCCUCGCUUGCAAGCAUUCAUUUCUGAGGCUUUGAGAUGGAGACCUGUAGCUGCUGGUGGAUUUGCUCACCAAACAACCACAGACAAAAACUAUUGUAUUCCAGCUGGGACCACGGUAUACGGCAACCAUUGGUCGAUCUCUCGAGACCCAGAUGUCUACCCGGAGCCUGACGCGUUCAAGCCUGAGCGCUGGAUCAACGAGCAAGGCGGCCUGAAUGAUUUAAAAUUCUUUAUCUACGGCUUUGGUCGGCGCGUAUGCCCCGGUCAACAUGUCGCGAACAGAUCGGUGUUCAUCAUGGCACUCCUUAUUCUGUGGUCCUUCAGGCUCACUCUGGAUCCUACGAAGCCAUUUGAGGACAUGGGAUUCAUGAACGGGUUUAUGCCAAGUGUUAUGCCGUGCACAUUUGAGUUUGAGAAGAGGAUUCCGGAAGCGGAGCUCAGGCGCAUGAUGCAGCAUUAUCCUGAGGCUGCAUAA